GCUGUCGCCAAGCUUAUGGAAUUUAGGCACAGACGUUCGCCUUCCUCAUUCCAACUUGAAAACCUUAGGCGCCAUCCCCACAAAUCAAAUACAGGACAGAAGGCAUCCUCUGUCUCUGAUCCCCACAAAUGUGUGAGAUCUAGCAUCCAUCAUCCCUCAGGUUCCAGGGCUUCCUAGACGGCCUUGGAGUGACUGGUCCAGAUGAGUCAUGGGGUGAGAUGAUAUGACCACAUCAUUCAUUACUGUCGUCCAUGGUAGUCAUGGGGACCUUCUUCCCUCCUGGUCACAUGGCCACUUCCUUCCUGCCUGGGGAACUCUGGUACGGAAACUAAAGUCCGUGAUGGCUCCGAGAGCCGACUUUGUCCAGGCAGGCGGAAAUAUUAGGCAGCACCAAAAUGCCUUUGAGCCACAGAAGGUGGUGCCUUGUCGGACUCACAGUCUUUUCUAUUGAGAUAUGAGCACCCAGCUUCUCCAUAUUAAAGUGUGUGGGCCGAGGGGCCUUGCUGACCUACGAAUGGUCUCGAUGUGGCGGCGCUGUGCCUGGGUACCCAUCGUUUCAGGCCUCGCCACACAUGAGUACGUUAUUCCCCAUUGACCUAUUGACUCGAGCCCAUCCGCCUUCCCACCCUUCUUCCCACCCUCCUGACAGAGUCAAUGACUCUUGUACCGGUUUGGAAGGCCCUCAGCCUUGCUUUCACGGGCCGUGGCUCGCGCACUCGAGCCAAACAGGCCAAACGAUAAGAACCGGGGGGGCCGCUCUGACUUCGUUCGCCUUCUGACUGGUACCUACCUUACAUUAAAGCCUUGCCUCGACCUUCACUCACUCUUCUCCCCCAUCACCUCUUUAUAUCACUCGACACUUCAACUCGACCGCUCGUCGCUAUGAUUAUGAAAUCUAAUAUCCAAUAUCCAAUCUCUCCGCCCAGUGAACGGAGCUUGUUACCAGCGCGCACCAUCCUCGAGACCAAGCUGAUACCUCCGACCAUGCCGGACGAGCAUGUACCCGUCACCUCGAUACCACCAAAUAUUCCAAGGGCAAUCCACGCUAUCCGCCGCAACCGGUCGCCUCCGCGCAACGAAAACAACGAGAUGUUCUGUGACCACGUCGCCUGCCAGGGCAAGGACCAGACCUUUAGAAGGGUGUGCGAGUGGAAUAAACACAUGGACAGACACGAGAGACCGUAUGUAUGUCGCGAGUCCGGGUGCGAACUCACAUUGGGCUUCACCUACUCAGGAGGCCUUCUUCGCCAUCAGCGAGAGGUGCACCGGAUGCAUCUAUCGACUAAACAGCGACUGUACUGUCCAUUUCCCAAUUGUAAUCGAAGCUCCGGCACGGGAUUCACUCGGAGAGAGAAUCUUGAGGAACACAAGCGGAGGAGGCACUUGGAGGAAAUCUCAACACGGCAAACACAUCAAGCGUCGCCCUCAUCGUCGCCUGUAACAACAACAAUCAUCGAUCGACCAGGCUCUGCUGCUGCGCCUACAAACCUAACCACCCUGACACGACAACCAUCCGCCAAGCGAAGACGACUCUCGGUGACAGGGCCAUCGCCUUCGGCCAGGCAGCAAGAAAUCAAGCCUCGGGUGGCAACCAUGGCUGGCGUCCCAUUAGAGGACCAGGACGGGAACCGGGACCUGCCGCAAGCAGCAGACGUCGAGGGUGAUUUGGUCCAGUCUCUUCGAGCCGAGAUCCGUCAAAGAGAAGAAGUCAUCCGCCAGAGGGACGAUUUCAUCCAUCACCAAACCAAUGAAUUGCAACGCCUACAAGCCCUGUUACGCGAUUUGCCUACUCAACGCAUCUACGCCAUCACAAGCGUCCUACAGCCGGGCAUGCCUCCAGGAGGGACCCGGGGGUAAAAGUGGGAUGGCAUGGGAUUUUUCGUCAUUUUUCUUUUUUGUCGAUCAUGCAUUGGUUUUCUUUAUGGGCUUGGAAAGGGGGCACGGGGGAGAGGGAAUUUGGCAGGAAUAGAUUGCAAUGGGAUUGGAUGGUGAUUGGGAUGGGAGGCAAAUCGUUACUCGAUCAUACAUGUAUCCAUCAUCAACUACGAGUUUCUUUGGUCUUUGCUUCGCCAGCGACACUCUACUACGAAACGAACGUCAUGAAAUAGGAGCCUAUAGUUGCUACCUAGGUCUUGGUACCUUACACUACCGCCACUCAUAAUAAU